AUGCGUUCCUACAACGUGUCCAACGACCGCUUGGGAAUGCUCCAUGGUCUGACACAGAACGAUGCACCUUCACAUCCUCUCACUCGGGACCCCCAAGGCCCAGAUCCAUCACAACAACCGCCGUCUCCUCCAAAUGCUAGUAGGGGCAGCGAUGGUGAGAAGUCCCGUGCCACAUCUGUAGAAGAAUCUAGAGAAGAAGAAAGGCAUAGAAAGAAUAAAUUUCGCUUCAAAAAGAAGCGCCGGUCAGGCGGAGACAAGGAGAAACGAGAGCGUCGUCACCGUCACCACCAUCAUCACCGUGAAAGUGAGAGCUCUAGCCAUCCGUCAAAACGUCGAAGGCACUCUCACGAGCGCAAGAAAACCGGGGAUGACCCAUCAGCCUAUGACGAUACCUAUCUUCCCAACGUAUCAUCCACUCAAUAUGCAGAUCCAGACGAGGCAUUCCGUCAAUCGUUAUUUGACGCGAUGGCAGACGACGAGGGCGCGGCUUUUUGGGAAGGUGUUUAUGGGGAGCCCAUCAACAACUACCCUCGACCUCAGGUGACGAAUGAGCGGGGUAUGCUUGAGCAGAUGGAUGACGAGGAGUACGCUGCCUAUGUUCGUGAGAAAAUGUGGGAAAAAAGCCAUCAACAUAUCGUUGAGGAACGUGAAAGGAGAGAGCGUGAAAAGGAGGAGAAAAAGCGACGUGAGCGCGAGGAACGAAUUGCUUGGGAGCAUGCAGAAAAGGAAAUGCGAAGAGAAGAUAAACAAAGAAGGCAAAGAAAGCAUAGAAGUGGCUUGCAGAAACGGUGGGAUGAGUAUCUACACAACUGGGCGAGAAUUGCAGAUGAGAACCGAGUUGAUGUCGAUGACGAUGGUGGUGAAAGAAAGGUGCCUCUCGACAAUAUCCCAUGGCCUACUAGGUCUGGGAAGCUAUUAGACCUUUCUCAAGACGCCAUCGAAGAAUUUUUCUUAUCAGCACCUACUGGUACAACACCUGACAGGGAAGGGUUUACUGAUAUGCUGAAGCUAGAAAGGGUACGAUGGCAUCCAGAUAAAGCUCAGCAGAGGUGGGGGAAAUCUGGGCUCAGCGAGGAGGAGCUUAAAGGAAUCACGGCCGUCUUUCAGGCGAUAGAUUCCUUGUGGAUCAAGAAUAGGAAGAACAAGUCGACUGAGUAG